CAAAGAAGUGAUGUUUCUCCAGAAAGCAGACCAAGAACUCACCGACACUCUCCAGGACUGGUGGAGUACAGAGGCCUUCGGGACCAAGCUCGCCGGAGAUGGGCUCUCCCCAGAAGAUGUGAAGACAAUGAAGAUCCUGGAGGAAACGACAAGGCGAGUGGGUGACAGCUACGAAGUCGGUCUGCCCUGGCGUGACGAGCAAGCGGAGAUGCCAGACAACCACAAGAUGGCUCUAAAGCGUCUCACGUCGUUGGAACACAGCCUGAUGCGGAAGUCAGAGAAAGCCAAGCUGUAUUCUGAGGUCAUUGAAGGAUACGUGGAUCAGGGAUACGCCCGAAAGGUCUCCUCAGAAGAGAAGCAGCUCAAGGAGAAGAAAAGAUGGCUGCUUCCUCAUCACGCUGUCACACGGCCGGACAAGCCGAAGCCUCGUGUGGUGUUUGAUGCGGCUGCCGAACAGGACGGGAUUUCUCUCAACACGGAACUCCUCAAAGGACCUGACUUGCUCCAGAACCUGUGUGCAGUUCUGCUACGUUUCAGGGAGGAGCAGUGCGCCCUUGUCGCUGACAUCUAUCAGAUGUUUCACCAGAUUAGAGUGCGUCCACAGGACCAGCCAGCACUCUCCUUUCUGUGGAGGAGUAUCGACCUCAAGAAACCUCCCGACAUGUACCAAAUGUGUGUUGUGAUAUUCGGGGCCAAGUGUAGCCCUACCGUGGCCAAUCACAUCCUGCGCCGCGCUCUGACGGAGAACCCUGGGACCGGGGGGACCGAAGUUGAUCGUGAGUCACUGGUAGCAAGCUUCUACAUGGAUGACUACCUUCGGUCGGAACCAAGUGUGGAAGCAGCAAGGGCUGCGCGCCGGGAAGUCACGACCCUCUUGCGCCAAGGAGGGUUCCGCCUAACCAAGUGGCGCAGCAAUCUGCCAGGGCUGCUGGAAGACAUUGAAGAAGACGACCGUGACGUCAGUCAGAAGACUCUCACGUUGGGAAAAGGUACACCGCAAAAGGCACUGGGUUGUGUGUGGUCCCCCAGCGCGGACACUCUCAGUGUCCGUGUGAAAGAGGUUGAUGUGGCCUCUACGAAGCGAGGGGUGUUACAGAGAACAGCCAUGCUCUUUGAUCCGCUUGGGAUCAUCACUCCGUUUGUGCUGAUCGCCAAGUGCCUCAUACAGACGCUGUGGCAGAAGAAGCUGGCAUGGGACGAAGACAUGCCCGAAGAAGAGCUGGUGAUAUGGAAGAACUGGCUGGGAGAGCUGUCCUAUCUGGAAGAUCUGGCUGUACCUCGAUGCUUGAAGUCUGCUGUCACUGAAGAGGUUCACACGGUCGAACUACAUCUGUUCGCUGACGCUUCAGAGCGUGCCUUUGCCGCCGCAGGGUACGUCAGGUUCACAGACGCCGCGGGUCACCACCACAGUGCCCUCAUCAUGUCGCGCUCGCGAUUGGCUCCGCUCAAGCAGUUGUCCAUUGUGCGUCUUGAGCUGCAGGCGGCGGUCUUGGCGGUGCGUUUGGCGGGCAUCAUCAGGAAGGAGAUGUCGUAUGCCUUCAGCCGAACUGUGUUCUGGACGGACAGUCAGGUGGUGCUCCAGUUCAUCUCUAACGAAAGUCGCACGUUCCGUACCUUUGUCGCCAACAGGGUAGCGGAGAUUAGAGAAUCGUGUGAACCAUCUGAUUGGAAACAUGUACCAGGAAAGCAGAACCCAGCGGACAUAGCCUCUCGAGGGAUGUCAGCCUCGAUGCUGAAGGAGUGUGACCUCUGGUGGUCGGGACCCGAAUUCCUGACCCAAGACGAACAAGAGUGGCCGAAGACGCGGAUCCCGGGUCUCCAUCCAGAGCAACCUGAACUCAGGAGGACCUCUGUGAAGACGAUAGUCGCCUUCGUCGGUGAUUCGCAGUCCAGGCUCGUGGAUCCUUCGGCCUACUCGUCGUGGAGCAAGUACCGGCGAGUAGUGGCCUUGUCUCUGCGGUUCGUCAGCAAUCUCAGAUCAGCGAUAACAAAGAAGCCCAAGCAGAGCGGAGUGCUGAACGUCGACGAGCUGAAGAGAGCAGAACUCCUGAUCUUUCGGGAAGACCAGGCAAAGAUGGCGCUCGACUCGCCAACUGACCUGUCUCUCUUUCGUGACGACCAGGGCCUCAUCAGGGCGAAGGGUCGCCUUGGUAGUGCACCACUGGCUGAGAUCUCCCGAGAGCCGAUCGUGUUGCAUCCCUCCAGUGAUGUUACGCGACUGAUCGUCUCAGAUCUUCACGUGAGAUCCAUGCACGCGGGAAUGAGCCACACUCUGAACCAGUUUCGGUACAGGUUCUGGACUCCGAAGGCGAGAUCAACAGUGAAGAGGAUUCUACGGAGCUGUGCUGUGUGCCGCAACAGGCGAGCUCAGCCAGUGUGUCCUGAGAUGGCGGCUCUCCCAAGGGUCAGAGUUGAAAUGGAUAGACCCUUCGCAAACUGCGGUCUGGACUUCCUUGGACCUUUGACAGUCCGAAAGUUCCGGAAAACGGAAAAACGUUAUGUCCUGCUCGUCACAUGCCUCGCUACGCGGGCGAUACAUCUUGAAGUCGCCCAUGGAUUGGACACCGAUUCCUUUCUACUUGCUCUGCGCAGGUUCAUCGGACGGCGAGGGAGGCCGAGGUGUAUCUGCUCUGACAAUGGCACCAACCUGGUGGGCGGAGAGCGAGAGCUGCGAGAGGCGUUGGCUGAAUGGAAUCAGCGGAAGAUCGACGAGUCUCUCAGCCAGAUGGACAUCGUGUGGAAGUUUAAUCCACCGACGGCGAGUCAUAUGGGUGGUGCCUGGGAAAGGCUCGUCGCCUCGGUGAAGAGGGCCCUCCGUGCCGUGUUGGGAAAUCAGACGGUGUCCGACGAUGUCCUGCACACGACUGUCGUCGAGGUGGAGUAUGUCAUAAAUUCACGCCCGCUCACCUACGUCUCAGGAGCCAACAGCGAUCCGGAGUCGAUCACUCCAAACCACUUCCUUCUUGCUGGAGAGACGGCGAGCGCGUCAGGACUUCCUCCGGGCGUCUUCGAGGACGGCGACACGACCCGCAAACGUUGGCGGCAUGUGCAGAUGCUCACGAAUCAAGUGUGGAGAAGGUGGUUGCGGGAGUAUCUGCCGACUCUCAUCUCGCGCAAGAAAUGGAGCAAGGAGAGACCAAAUCUCGCCGUGGAUGAUGUCGUCCUGGUGAUGACGGAGGACACGCCUAGAGGCUUCUGGCCUCUUGGUGUGGUACAGGAGACCUACCCAAGCGCUGAUGGGACCGUGCGUUCGGUCCUCGUCCGUACACCGACUGGGGUGUACAAGAGACCCAGCCACAAGCUUUGUGUGCUAGAGAGGUCUAGUUCCCAGUAAAGCUGCCGAUGAGUCAUCGUUUUGCACUGAUGAGCACUGCAUUUUGUGUCAUGAUACCCACACGUAUUUAUUUUAUUUGUUUUGUUUUGUUACCCCUUCCCAUUGUCAUUGAAUCCUAGCCGUAUUUAUAACCAUUUCCGACCCUCCUCGUGCCUGUGAUCCUGGAAAGCAGCAGCGAUCGCGGGCCUGGACUGGACGUCGGACUACUGGGCUGCUGUCUCCGACUGGCGAGGCGGCGUCUCGGACAUGGAUCGUCUUCUUCGCCGAGCUGGAGCCGGCGACUCAUCGCUGGACUGCGGCGUGCCGUCCUGGUGUGCACGACGGCACACACGGACCUACGAGGAUGGUGUACUUCGUGCGCGCUGCUGCCCGAGCGGUCGUGUCGGCUGGCGGCGCGCAGCAUCUUCGGCUCGGCUACUACCGUGCGAUGUGACUGUGCGUGGUGCGCGGAGAAAUGACCAUGCCGCCCGGGGGCGGCGCCCUCGGCCUCAGACUGCCUCGUGCGGUGGUGAUGCGUUACCGUGACCGGCAUCGGUGAACGGCGUUAGUGCGUGACUUCGGACUGCGCGCACAGUGCGUUUUGUGCUUACCUGGCGGCCAUGCAGUCGCGUGUGCAAGAGCGGACAAUUGCUGUUUGCAGUGCUGUGAGAAGAAUUUGUCUUUCGUUACCUUGCUGUGAGAGCAUUUGGUACUGCAUAUUCGGUCGCUCAAUGUGUGAGUUUUCGGUUCGUCCGAAAACUAGGGGGGAGGAUGUUGCGACCGGUCGCCGUUUGUGAGAAAUCUGGCGGCUCUUUACGUUCGGGAGCCGGCCCGUCAUUUAGUGGCCGCGUUUGCUCGCGUGUCUUUGACGAGUUUGGCGCACGAGACGCAUCCAAAUUGUCGACCACGCAGGCUCAUUCUUGAAUGAACCACUGGUGUCGAGGGCCGUCGUACGUAUGCUUUCAUUUUCUUAUUGAUGAUUGUCUGAAAUGUUUAAUGAAUGCAUCCAAGUGAUAGCUAGCACAAUUAGUAUUGUCUGAUAUAUUUUCUGUUAGCUGUGAGCGAUGUUGAAUUCAGCGGAAAUGGCAACAAACCAACGUAGCGCCACUUUCGUCGCGCUUUCAAUUUUGUACUUUGAUUUACUGUACUACUGGGUGCAGGUUCUUUAGUUUUGCUGUUUACCGUCAUUAGUUUAUCAUUGUCAAAGUAGACAACGUUUAUACAUAUGUUUGGGGUGGUUCUAGGGCCGUCCAGCUGAGUGUGAGCCAGCUGAGCCGCGGACCUACGAGUGCGGACUGAGAUUGAGCCAGCCGCUGCCACUGUUUUUGUUCCACCGUCGUGCCCAAACAUAUCUGAAAACCGUCCGUCUGUUUGUCUCUCCGACCGACUGUCUGUUGGUACAUCACUGCCUGCUUGCUGCUCCUUGAAUACCAUUUGUUUCAUGAC